CCCCAAAACCUUGUGCUUCCCAGUCCCCCCUCUUCCUCGAACUCCGGCUCCUCCGUUCCCACUUCCACCGGCGUCCAUUGAUGAUCUCCCGCAGACGGCGGACCUCUUCUUCUACUGCAUCGUCGGUCUGGUCCGGAACUUUCCCCGACUUCACAGCUCGCAGAGAUUGACGUGAGAAAUUGAAAGGACAAAUUCUGAAUUCGGCUGCAAGGGGUGGGGAAAAUAGCUCCAGAAGAGAUAACUUUUCGCGAUUGAUUGCUUGGUGAGCGAUGGAGCAAGGAGAGGCGGUUUCGGAUUUUGCGCCGAAGAAAUUAGCGCGGCAGCUUGAUUUCACGGCUGUUUGUAGAGCGGCGACGGAGCAUCACUCUCAGCCGGUAGCUCAACAGCCGUCGCAGUCGGAUUCGACGCUGCAGCUGCAUUUGCAGUUACAAACGCCACAGCCGCAGUCACGAGAGCUGGCUGGAGCGGGAUUGGAAUUACAUUUGCAUCUGCAGCCGCCGCCGCCGCCGCCGCCAAAGCAGUUACUGCAAUCACGGCCGCCACCACAGCCUCAGGUAAUGCCGCAGUUUCAAGCGAGGUUUCAGCAAGUACCGGCUGCGGUGUACCGGAUCCCUCAUCCUGUUCAUAAACUGCCACUGCCUGCGCUGCCGGUCAAGAAGCAAGAAUCUCCUAGACCACGUCCAAGGGUUGACACUGAGGCAAAAGAUGUCAAUGUUACUCCUAACAAGCCUAAGCAGUGCAAUUGCAAGAAUUCUCGGUGCUUGAAGCUGUAUUGUGAGUGCUUUGCUGCUGGGCUAUAUUGCAAGGACUGCAACUGUGUAAAUUGUUAUAAUAAUUUGGAACAUGAGGGUGCUAGGCAAGAAGCUGUUGGGCUAACCUUGGAGCGCAAUCCAAAUGCUUUUAGACCGAAGAUUGCUAGCAGCCCUCAAGGGUCUAAGGCUAGUGUAAAAAACUGCAAGUGUAUGGACUGCAAAAAUUUCGAAGGAAGCGAAGAAAGAAUGGCUAUCUUUUGUGGGAAUUCUAGUCCCAACAUUUAUGCUCAUCAAGCAGCAAAUGCUGCCAUCAACGGAGCCAUUGGUUCUUCAGGCUAUGGGACUGCAGUUUCAUCCAAGAAAAGAAAGAGUGAUGAUAUGCAUGGUAUUGGCACCAAAGAUUCAAGUCUGAAUUUCAGUUUAAAGUUCCAGCAGGAAAAAUACCUGAAUAGUUCUUCUCCAUUGCCUGACGGGAGAUUGCAUACUUCUGGUCCUGCUCGGUUGGGAUCUUCAAAAUUGACAUACAGGUCCCCAUUGGCAGGCAUAAUCCAACCGCACCAUGUCAAGGAGUUGUGCUCGCUCUUGGUAGUACUUUCAAGAGAAGCUGGAAAGGAAAUAUCAGGUAGGGAAGGCAAAACGGAUGGAUUACACGAAGCAAUAAGGAGUGACAAGCCUUCUGCUUCACCCGCUCAGGAGAGGCAAGAAAGGGAUUGCUUCAAGCAGACUGCAACAGAAAGAGAGAAAACCACUGAUUAUCAGGCAGGCAUGGAAAAUGGAAGACUGUCCUCUCUUGAUUUCGAUCCAGCCACUUGUGAAGUGAAACCCACCCAGCUGGAACAACCACCAUCCACCACUAGCACUCCUGAUUACUCCGAGGUCUAUGCCGAGCAGGAAAGGCUCGUCUUGACCAGUUUUCGAGACUUCCUAACCAGACUCAUCAGUUGUGGAAGCAUAAAAGAACAAAUGUGCUCUCCACCAGCCAAAGGUAAAGUGGGGAACCAACAACAACAUGAAGUAAAUGGUACAGGAAUUCACUGCAGUCCUUUGUAUACUAAUGGCAUCAUCAAGCAUCCAGUUUCGAGGGCUUCUCCAUCGAAUGACAAUCGACAACAAGCGAUCUCUCCUGCACCAUCUCCUAUCAACGGUAGGGCACAAACUCCCAAUGACAAGAACUGA